AUGGGUACGCACGUCCUACUGCUGCUGCUAGGCCUCUCCAUGAUGUUGGGCUUCCUGCACGCUCUACAAUGUUUCCAGUGUGAUAGGGUCAAUGCCAAUGGGGUUUGUGAGAGUGGAGAAAGCUUCUGCCAGACUGAAGGCAGCCAGCAGUGCUUUCUGAGGAAGGUCUAUGAAGGUGACAGACUCCUGUAUGGAUACCAGGGCUGUGGGGACCUGUGCCUCUCCAUGUCUUUUUUCAAACAAAAUGCUCGAGUGGAUUUUGUAUGCUGCAGUGACACAUCUUUCUGUAACAGGUUUUAG